GUGAUCCUCUGACUCUCUCUUUCUCUCUCUAUAACAACUAUGGGCCAAAAGGAAAUGGGUCUUUGUUUUCUUUGCUCCAUUACCUAACGCUCUUCCAUUUUUCAAAUGUAAACGCUCAACCAAUCCCACUUGGUUUUCAUUUCUUCUUCUCCCCUCUCAUUUGACUUGAUCGUCUUCUUCCUCUACCCUUUUUUCUCUUCCAACAUUCCGAUUCUGCAACUUGUUUUGAAGCAAUGAAGUGCUUCCACUUCACCAAUGGCGAGAGAAGGGAUGAUGAAGACGCCGUCGUUUCUAGAGUCUCCAAGGUCUCCUGGGCUCGUUCGCUAAGUAUGGCUUCUAGCACUUUUGAUACCAGGCGGUCCGAGUUCGAUUCUGACUUUUCUAGGGAUGUUUCCGACUCGAUUGGGUUCGAUGAGUUUUUGACUCACCGGAGAGGGAAUGAUCUGCGCGUUUUUUCCUUUUCCGAGUUGAGAUCAGCCACGCGAGGGUUUAGUAGGGCAUUGUUGAUUGGGGAAGGAGGUUUUGGUUGUGUGUUUAAAGGAGUUGUUAGGGCUUCUGGUGAUGAUAAUGGUGGCUCCAAUUCCAAGUCUGAUUUGAAAAUGGAAGUUGCUGUUAAACAGCUCAAUCGCAACGGCUUCCAGGGGCACAAAGAGUGGAUCAACGAGGUGAACUUUUUAGGUGUGGUGAAGCAUCCAAAUCUUGUGAAAUUAGUUGGAUACUGUGCCGAAGAUGAUGAAAGGGGAAUGCAAAGGCUUUUGGUUUAUGAGCUUAUGCGCAAGAGGAGCUUGGAGGAUCAUCUAUUGGUUCGAGUAUCUUCACCACUGUCAUGGUUGGCCAGGCUUAAAAUUGCUCAGGAUGCAGCUCGUGGUCUUGCAUAUCUACAUGAAGAAAUGGAUUUUCAGCUAAUUUUCCGCGACUUAAAAGCAUCAAAUAUCCUGCUAGAUGAAGAAUUUAAUGCGAAGCUUUCGGAUUUUGGACUUGCCAGACAGGGUCCUCCGGAAGGAAUCAGUCAUGUGUCAACAUCGGUUGUGGGUACAGUAGGCUAUGCUGCUCCAGAGUAUGUCCAAACUGGCAGGUUGACUGCAAAGAGCGACGUGUGGAGCUUCGGAGUUGUUCUCUACGAACUCAUUACAGGAAGACGAGCCGUGGAGAGAAACCUACCACGCAAUGAGCAGAAGCUUUUGGAAUGGGUUAAACCAUAUGUGUCUGACCCUAAGAAGUUCCAUCUUAUUAUCGAUCCACGGCUCGAAGGAGAAUGUGACAUUAAGUCAGCACAGAAACUUGCAUCACUGGCUAACAAAUGCCUGAUGAAGCAGCCUAAAAAUCGCCCAAAAAUGAGUGAGGUUGUCGACAUUCUUGGAAACAUCAUCAGUGAAUCAUGUCAAGAUGAAACAGUUCCUCAACCGAGUGACAACAUCGUCGAAACGAAGGAAGAAACUGUUGCGGAGGCCGAAGUCGAGGCUGCUGCUACUAGUAGUAGUAGUAGUAGUACAAGGCAUAGAAAUAGUCAUCUAAGGAAAGUUUUUGAUUUUAAAGAUAUGGUGAGCUUGAGAAACAAAUCUUUUGGGAAGUUAGAUUGGAGAAAUUGGACACCUGGAUUGGUGAGAACUUGGUGACAAGCUUUGCUUAUUCUUUGAGAGUGACUGUGGAAGGAAGGAAUGAAGAACAACUGAGUUGCAACUAGCGAGGAAGAGGCGUUAACCGAAGAGAGCGACUAUGCUAGGAGGAUGCAGGAGUGGAGUCAUCGACUGUAUUAUGCGAGGAUUGUAUUGUGCUGUACUGAGUAGCGACUAGUGAGGAAGGUACUUGAGUAGGAACUUGAAAGAUGUACUAAUGUCAACUGAAUUUUUAUGCACUCGCAGAGGACUGAGGUAUGCGUCGUGCGAGGAGUACACAUACGAUGUGGGAUCUAAUGAUGGUAUACUAAACGUGGGUUGGGCUUGAGCUUGGGCCCAACUCAUUCUCUUCGUUUAUUUUUAUGUAAUCUAGUUGGGUCGGGUUGACAUGAUCCUUUACACACUGAACCCGUACCCAACUUGAACUAGAUUGAAUCUUAGCAAAAAUCCAUCUCAACCCUUAUAUUUCGAGUUGAUGUAAGUCAUAUUGAUGUCUAGAGAACUUCUAGGUGAAGCAAGUAGGUGGAGAGAGUUAAGGAUAUGAUUGUCGGUGAAGGCAAUAAAUUUAAUGUGAGCUAUGAAUUCUUUAAAUA